GCUGCAGGUGGUUUGAUUAUUUUUUCGUUGUGCGCAUCCACUAUUUUUCAGCAAAUCAGAACUUCUGGAACUUUAAAGAGGACCUGUCUAGGAUAUAUGUACCAGAGUGCCUCUGCAACUCUCUAUUCUUCGUCUAAACGAAAUAAGUGGAAUUCGUAUUCGUCUACAUUUUCCUAAGGUUUCUCCGAUGUAAUCGAAAUCAUUAAUCGAGCAAUUUCGUUUGAGUAGCAAAAGAGUAUUAAACUCCUGGAAAGGAAUAAAGAUUUUCUCUUUCAAAUGAUUGAAGUAAUAGCAUAGCAAAUCUUCCGAAGGACCGACCUAGGAUGUACCGCCAGAGUGCCUGAGAAACCUUAUUCCUCGUCUAACGAAAUAAUUGGAAGGAAAAUUCAUACUAUAAGUAUACGAAACAAUUGGAAAUAAUUUACUAUAUUUUCCUAAGAGAAUCUCACUAGGACAUAACGCUCUAGAGUGAACCGGCAACUUCAUUCUACUUCUGACUAAAUAAUUGGAAUUCAUAUUCGUCUGAUAUUUGUCUAAGAUGCUGGGAUUCGAAGCAAAUGACCAUGAGAGCAGCAGUGGAUCGUCUUUUUUGGAGGAGAAGUACGCACCCGGGACCCUGGUGUGGGCGAAGGUCUUCGGUUACCCAUACUGGCCCGCAAUGAUUGAAGAUGAUCCUGAUGAAGGCACUCACAGCAAAGAUCUUACAACAGCACCGAAAUUGCACGUUGUGUUCUUCGACACUCCUCCUUCUAGAGCUUGGCUUGCCUUUACAUAUAUCAGACAAUUUCACUUAUCACCUCCGAUACAGAAAAAUAGAAAAUCUGUAUUGUCGAAAAAAUACAGAAAUGCUGUAUUGGAGGCUGAGAAAGCCGAAAAGAUGACAAAUGAGGAAAGGCUAGCCACUUACAGCUUCGCAAUCCAGCGAAAAAGUCGCCAAGAAAAUAAAGCGAAGCGUGUAAGAAGGAAGAGGAGUGUCAAGAAAGAAGUGCCUUCAGAAAAAGCAUCUGUAACCAUCCCAACAACGGGCCAGUUAAAUUCAGAACUUCCGUCCAAUGUGGUGGACGCAGGCAUUGAUAGGGUGAGCCAACACCUCACAGAUGAUGUUGACCAUGUUGACAGCUCACCAGUGCCUUCCCCCACAUCGUUGGACUACACACCCGGGUCCCUCGUGUGGGCCAAACUGUUCGGACACCCGUACUGGCCGGCGAUAAUUGAGGCAGAUCCAGACCUCGGAGAAUUCCACCAACAAAAGGGGUCUAACCAGGAAUACCACGUAGUGUUCCUGGAUAAACCCCCAUCCAGGUCUUGGAUACGAGCUGCGUAUAUUAGAUCCUAUGACAUUUCUCCGCCGGCGGAGCAAGUUAAAAAACGGUUGUCUACAGAAAAGUACAAAAGCGCAGUCCGAGAGGCGGAAACGGCUGCGAAAAUGACGAAUGAGGAGAGAUUAGAAAACUAUAGCUUUGCAGUACAACGAAGCAGAUGCUUAGAAGAACGACGACAGAACAGGAAAACUCGACCACCUCAAAAAAGGAAAAGGGAACGUUCGGAAUCAAAAAGACCCAAGAAAGACAACAAGAAGACGAAGACGAGAAAAAGAGAAAGAACCUCCCGAAGACGAGAAGCAGUGGAAAAUGAACAAUAUUUGCAGAUGGAAGCUGCGAUGAGGGAGAUUUCCCUGCAAGAACGACAAGAGGAACAAGCGAGAAGUGCGAGAAGUUUGCGACGUGCCAGAAUUCCGGAGCCCAGAGUUGUUCCAAGUUGGGCCGAGACACUAAUUCAAAAAUAUGCAGAUUGUAAAAAACCCGAUAUUGACUAUAACGAAAUAAGAUCCAGAAGGAAUAAAGAUUCCAAACAGGACGUUGGAAAUUCUACAAAUACUGAAAAUACGGACGUUGUAAAUUCCACAAAUACUGAAAAUACGGACGUUGUAAAUUCCACAAAUACUGAAAAUACGGACGUUGUAAAUUCCACAAAUACUGAAGAGUCGAAAAAUGACUCUCAAAAAGAUGAAGACAUCGACUUCGAUACAUUCUGAAAAACAUGAGCACUCAUUUGACAAGGAAACUUUUUAUCCUGCCCAGUGUAAUAUGAUAUUACACUAAUGAUUGGUGCUUUAAAGUGAUAAAACAAUGGUUGCGGACAGUCAAUCCAACAAUGUGCCAACUGAACUACUUAAGAGCAAAUAUAUUUUAAAUAAAGAAGGAUAAAAACUGAAUCCAUCCUACAAAAUUAAAAAUUGCACCAAAAAAAUUGCAAUGAUAUAUUUAAAACAAAACGUUUUUACUGUUUAUAUGAAAUUUUUUAAAAUUAUUUAUGUAAGAAUAAA